AGAAUGCAAAUGGAGUGAUAGGAAGGAGAAUGAAGGGAAUUCCAAACGAGGAGGAGUUCCUACUCCCAAGCGGCAGCUCCAGCCAAAGCAGAAAUGGAGGAGUUGGAGUACUAGUUCUUGUCUCCACCCUCAUAGUCGCCUUGGCCCAACUUCAGUUCGGUUUCACUCAAGGCUACUCUUCGCCUGCCCAAGAAUCCAUCAUUGCCGAUCUCCAUCUCUCCCUCUCCCAGUUCUCCAUCUUUGGCUCCUUGUCGAACAUUGGCGCAAUGCUUGGGGCCUUGGCUAGUGGUCAGAUUUCAGAGUACUUUGGUAGAAAACGGUCUCUAAUGAUUGCUUCCAUUCCCAACAUUAUUGGAUGGCUAACUAUCUCAUUCUCUGAAGGUCCAUCCUUGUUGUUCAUUGGCAGGUUGUUGGAAGGAUUUGGAGUGGGAGUAAUCUCCUACACGGUACCAGUCUAUGUGGCAGAGAUAGCUCCAAAGGAUUUGAGAGGUUCGCUUGGAUCUGCAAUGCAGCUCUCCGUCACAAUUGGCAUAAUGCUGGUUUAUCUACUGGGAAUAUUUUUUCGAUGGAGAAUCCUGGCUUUACUAGGUAUCUUCCCUUGUGCAAUUUUGAUUCCUGGUCUUUUUUUCAUCCCUGAAUCCCCAAGGUGGCUGGCAAAAAUAGGUAGGAUGGAAGAUUUUGAAGCUUCUUUAAAAGCUUUGCGGGGAUUGAAUGUUGACAUUUCCCUUGAAGCUGAUGAAAUUAAGGAUUUUGUAGCUAUGACGCGCACAAGAACAACUGAAUUUUCUGACAUAAAGCAGAGAAGAUAUUUGUUUCCUCUGUUGGUGGGAAUUGGAUUGCUCAUACUUCAGCAACUGGGUGGAAUCAAUGGCAUUAUAUUUUAUACUAGCAACAUCUUUAAAGCUGCCGGAAUUUUGUCUAGUAAUGUUGCAACUUUUGGAGUUGGGGCUAUUCAGGUUGUUGUCACUGUAAUUACUACUUACUUGGUGGACAAAGCUGGUAGACGUCUUCUUCUUAUUGUCUCCUCUUCUGGAAUGACACUCUCUCUUCUCUUUGUUGCUGUUGCAUUUUACUUAGAGGAUUUUAUAUCUGAAGAUGCUCGUGUCCACAGUCUACUCAGCCUAGUUUCACUGGUGGGAAUUCCGGCAUUUAUAGUUUCAUACUCUCUUGGAAUGGGAGCCCUUCCAUGGGUUAUAAUGUCUGAGACUCUUCCAAUGAAUAUGAAGGGCCUUGUUGGUAGUACAGCUACAUUUGUCAACUGGUUUACAUCCUGGGUGAUUACAAUGACUGCAGAUUUACUUUUGAAUUGGAGCUCUGGAGGGGUGUUUACGCUUUACACGGCUAUGAAUGCUUUCGCCAUUCUAUUUGUGAUAUUGUGGGUGCCCGAGACCAAGGGGCGUACUCUAGAGGAAAUUCAAUCCACUUUCGAAUGAGGUGCGUGGAAACUCGAAUGUCUGGUUGUUGGUUCUGCUCAACUAAUUCAGGCAGAGAUGGCAUGACAUGCACGUUAUCCAUCCGAUCUGUCCGUCCAUCCCACAACCAUGUGAGUUAACAAAUGGCUGUCACUCAGUGGUUUUGAUUUGAAUGGUCACCAGAAUAUUGGAUCUUCUUGCAAUUGGAAGAAAUGAAACCUGGGAUAUCCAUCUAUUGUUCGUUUGAUGCUGUAUUUCUUACUUUCAUGAUACUCAUAUAUGUGAAGUUCGUAAUCUAUUGUACCUGGUAACUUUCCAAGUUCAAAUCUCAUUCCAAUAUGGUAAUCCAUGCCUACUUAGUAUGGUAGUAA